AUGCAGAAUCCGAAGCCUAUCGUAACCCAUGGAAGGAAUGACACAAUUGUGACGUUACUUGGAUGGGCGGGAGCUGCCGACAAGAAUGUGGCAAAGUAUGCGGGUGUCUAUCAGAAGAAGGGGUAUACGACAGUGCAAUACACAGCGCUAGCUGCUGCGAAGGGAUGGGGGACUAAGAGGUUGGAUUUGUCCAGUGGCACCAGGAGGAAUAAUUAUGAGUUUGAUCUUCUUCUGUGGGGGUCGGACAGAGUCGAUGAUGUCAUUUCUCCUCCAACAUGGCCAAGAGUCACCCAUACAAAGAAUAUCAUCCUCCACAUCAUCGGCAAAUACUACACUGUCAAAAAAGUCAGCCAUCAGACUUGUUUCGGUGGUAACCUCAAGUUCUUCUUCCUCAUGUUGUUGAAUCAACGUGACAAUUCGGUCGGCAAACUUCUGGUCGCGUCUAUCAAGUCUCGGAACUUUCUUACGAUCAUGAACCAUGAUGGAGUCAGUCCGAUGAUCCCAAAAAGAGAAACAGCGGCGAUAGCUGAAAUGGAACCAAUUCUUCGAUUUCCUCAGAGUGAGGAAAUUCGAUAA